AGCUGCUCGCUUGUGAUUGGUGUAUUUUUCAAUCAGCCUGUUGAAGGUUAAGGUGGUCACUUGUUGUUCGUAAUGGCGGCUGCGAGGUUUGCUGUUUUGGCCAACUGGCGAGCUCAGCGAGGUGACAGUCUGCCACGGCUGCUGCUUGCAAAAUGUAAACAUAGAGGAUAUUCAUCUGGGCCCACAUUAAAUGAAGUGGUCAUUGCAAGUGCAGCCAGAACCCCUGUUGGUUCAUUUAAGGGAUGUCUAUCCUCAUUAACAGCCACUCAGCUUGGUUCAAUUUCAAUAAGAGCUGCCAUUGAAAGAGCAGGGAUUCCUCCAGAAGAAGUGAAAGAGGUGUACAUGGGAAAUGUUUUACAGGCUGGGGAAGGGCAAGCUCCUGCUAGACAAUCUGCCCUUGGCGCAGGCUUGCCAGUCUCCACACCUGCAACAACAGUCAACAAGGUCUGUGCCUCUGGAAUGAAAUCAAUCAUGCUGGCAGCACAAAGUCUUAUGUGUGGACAUCAGGAUGUAAUGGUUGCUGGUGGGAUGGAGAGCAUGUCCAAUGUACCAUAUGUGAUGGGCAGAGAAGCACCAGUUUAUGGAGGUGUAAAAUUGGAGGACCUGAUUGUGAAGGAUGGGUUAACGGAUGUCUACAACAAAAUUCAUAUGGGUAACUGUGCUGAGAAUACAGCCAAGAAGUUUAAUAUUUCACGUGAAGAGCAAGAUGCUUACGCAAUUAGUUCAUAUACUAAGAGCAAAGCAUCUUGGGAUUCAAAGACGAUGGCAAAAGAAGUGGUUUCUGUCAGCGUUCCACAAAGAGGUAAACCAGAUCUAGUGAUCAGUGAAGAUGAAGAAUACAAACGUGUGGAUUUCGCUAAAGUUCCAAAAGUAAAACCAGUCUUCCAGAGAGAAAAUGGUACAAUUACAGCUGCCAAUGCAAGUACCUUAAAUGAUGGAGCAGCUGCUUUGGUACUGAUGACUGCAGAAGCUGCUAACAGACUAAAUGUUACACCAAUGGCAAGGAUUGUAGGUUUUGGAGAUGCAGCUGUUGAUCCAAUAGACUUUCCAAUUGCUGUUGCUUUUGCUGUACGAAAGCUCCUUGCGACAACUGAUAUAAAGAAGGAAGAUAUUACAAUGUGGGAGAUUAAUGAAGCUUUUAGUGUUGUUGUUCUGGCUAACAAUAAAAUGUUAGAGAUUGAUCCUCAGAAAGUAAACAUCAAUGGCGGAGCAGUAUCUCUCGGUCACCCCAUUGGAAUGUCUGGAACAAGAAUUGUUGGUCAUAUGGUUUACAAUCUAAAACCUGGAGAAUAUGGCAUGGCUGCAAUCUGUAAUGGAGGCGGUGGUGCUUCUUCAAUACUAAUUCAGCGCUUGUAAUAUACUGUUGUGAUUAAAGGGCUAAGCACUAAACAUUGUCACUGAACAAUGAUGUAUGAAACAAAACUUUGUAAUCAUUUGGGAAUGAAAAUUGGAUACAGUUUCUGGUGUCAAGAAAAUCAGUUCUUCUCAAUUGGUGGCAGAUCUGAUUUAAGGAAGUACUGCAGAAAUAAUUUAAUAAAGACUGAAAUAUGCCUAUUACAAGUUUUAUAUUGUACUUCAACGGAAUUAUGUUAAGUGCAGUCUGAUUGAUCAGUGCAAAUGUUUUGUUUCAGAAGUUAACUUUAUCCAAAUUUAAAAUCACUGUGGCCUUCCAUUAAUUUUAUUGAGUUGAGUAUACGUUUACUCAAAAUGAACUUUACAAGAUUUACUUAAAUUUGCAUAAGUAUAUGAAAAAGGCAGAUGUUUUCUGUAGGUCUAUUGUGAUUAAAUGAAUGGUAAGCCUCAAUGUUCUUCUGCUGCUUCUGCUUAAGAGGUGGUAGUGAAAUUUGAAUUUAAUAAAAAUCUCAAAUUAAAAGUCUGAAAAUUACCAUGAAA